GUGGCCGGCAGGGCGCGCGCGGGCUGGGCGGCGACGUUCGUCAUUCUGUGCGGGAGGGAGCGCGAGAGCGGCGCGGACGAUCCUCCGGUGUCUCACAUCCAGCUAGAGGUGAGUAUGGCUGAGCAGGAGCCCACAGCCGAGCAGUUGGCACAGAUUGCGGCAGAGAACGAGGAGGACGAGCACUCGGUCAACUAUAAGCCCCCGGCCCAGAAGAGCAUCCAGGAGAUCCAGGAGCUGGACAAGGACGACGAGAGUCUGCGCAAAUACAAGGAGGCCCUCCUGGGCCGCGUGGCUGUGUCUGCUGACCCCAAUGUCCCCAAUGUUGUGGUGACCCGACUGACCCUGGUGUGUAGCACUGCCCCGGGCCCCCUGGAGCUGGACCUGACAGGUGAUCUGGAGAGCUUCAAGAAGCAGUCUUUUGUGCUGAAGGAGGGUGUGGAAUAUCGGAUAAAAAUCUCCUUCCGGGUGAACCGAGAGAUUGUGUCCGGCAUGAAGUACAUCCAGCACACGUACAGGAAAGGCGUGAAGAUUGACAAGACUGACUACAUGGUGGGGAGCUAUGGGCCCCGGGCGGAGGAGUAUGAGUUCCUGACGCCCAUGGAGGAGGCGCCCAAGGGCAUGCUGGCUCGAGGCAGCUACAACAUCAAGUCCCGCUUCACAGACGACGACAGGACUGACCACCUGUCCUGGGAAUGGAACCUCACCAUCAAGAAGGAGUGGAAGGACUGAGCCGGGAGGCGGGCAGGGCGGGCGGACGGAAGGACGGACGCGCCCCACCCCACCACCCCAUCCCCCCGACCCCAGACCAAAGUGCUGACAGGGCCCGCCCACGCUGCCACCACUGCCCCUGGGCUGCCUCCUGGCUGGCCUGUCCCUCCUCCACCCUUCCAGCCCGCUGGCCCCAGCCUCCUCGGUGGUCUAGUGUUGUUGCUGCUUCC